AUGGGCGUAAAACGCAUCGAUUACGUUAUAGUUUUCGAGAGCAAAAUCAAAACUUCAGUCAAUUACACAAUUGUUGAAAAUUUUAUGAAAUACCUGGAACGACAAGGACUAGAACUUGAGCUACAUUCGGACGAAGCCGAAAAAUUCAUUUUCCUGACUCUGCAUAUACCGGAAGGGCUUUUGCACGAGUUCGCCCACAUUUACAACAUCAAGUUGACCGAUUACGGGCAUGGGUCUGGGUUUGGGGCCAUUUCGAGUAUAGAUUUUGCCGAUUUUGAUUUUUUCAAAGCGCCGAUUAACGACAAAACGUUUAUAAGGAAACGGGGGCCUACGACAACCGAGCGCAUUUUGGUGGCUUAUGAACUACUGAGUGAGGCCAAAUUCGGUGACCAUGAAAACGACUAUGGAAUUGAGAAAUUGAUCAGGCUGGGGAUUGUCAAAACGGCUUAUCCGCUGCAUGAUGGGGAUUUCGAGUGGGAUGAUAAAGAAGGGGGAUAUUUAAUCCCGGAAAAUGACAGACAAUUGUUAUUGAAAUACUGGGCGAAUUUUUCGCUGUGGUACAAAGAACAGCCAUUAAACUUAAUUGAAAAAUAUUUCGGUACUGAGGUUGCGUUCUAUUUCGCCUGGUUAGGGUUUUACAACAGGAUGCUUAUUCCAGCGGCUGUUGUUGGUCUCGUCUGCUCUAUGAUCAGUUUUGUGCAGUUGUCUUUUGUGCAAAAACAGAGAACCAAUGAAAUAUGUACAAGUGAUUUGGCGAUUUGUCCGAUUUGUCGCACGGGGGAUGGUUGUGUGCGUUUGCCGCUAAACAGUUUUUGCACUUAUGCGAAAAUUUCGAUCGUUUUUGAUAACAAGGAAACGGUGUUUUUUGCGGUGUUUAUGUCAUUCUGGGCAACACUGUUUACGAAACUUUGGCAAAGAGUUGAAAACACAUUAAAGAUUCAAUGGAACGUUGAAUUUGAAAACAUGGACACAAAACUAAGACUGGAGUACAAAGAAAAAAGUACACACAAAACCUGGUCCUACGUGUACGAAAGGCCGCAGCCUUACACCCCAAUCUCCACAAAGGCCUUCUACCUCACUAUAUCCUACGGAGCUUGCAUUUCGAUGAUCAUGAUCGUAGUGUUAUUCGUUUUCGGCCUUGCCAUCUUCCGAGUCAUCAUAACAGAUCUUAUCCAAAGAAAGUGGACACCAUCCCAACAAGUGCAUGUUUUUUUUAUUCUGAUUUUAACCAGUGCUUGCAUUCAAGUUAUUUUCGUAAAAUUAUUCGCAAACAUCUAUAGGCCGAUUUCUGAAUGGCUAACAAAUUUGGAAAACCCUUCAACCCAAUCAGGUUACGACAGUUCAGUCAUCACCAAACGAUAUAUUUUGGCUUUCGCUAACAAUUACGCCCCUUUGUUUUACAUGGCGUUUUUAAUGGACCGUUUUUACUCACCUGAUGACCCACCCAAUUCGUUUCAAGCCGAUCGGUGCGGACCCACAGGUUGUUUGAUGCCGCUUUGUAUCCAACUUUGUUUCCUUAUGUUACUGAAAUCGUUCGUUGGAAACAUACUCACUCUAAUUGUUCCAAAAUUAAAACCACGAUUCCAAAAAAAGGGAACCAAUAACACCAACAGGCCACAAUGGGAGAGAGAGUUUGAUUUAAGGCCUUCGAAGCGAUAUUUACUCACAAAAGAAUUUAUGGAGAUGAUUAUACAAUAUGGUUUUGUCACGUUUUUCGUGGCGGCUUUUCCCUUAGCGCCUUUGUGUGCUUUGAUAAAUAAUUGUCUGGAGUUGCGUUUAGACGCCUAUAAAUUGGUAACAAGGCAUAGGAGACCUGUUCCGAGGCGGGACAGUGGAAUAGGUCCUUGGAACAAUAUCCUGACUCUUAUUACGCACUUGAGUGUGGCAACAAAUGCCUUCGUUUUGGCGUUCACUAGCGACUUCGUUGCUCGUAUUGUUUACAGAUUCGCUAAAAAUGAGACUCUUGUGGGUUACAUCAAAGGGACAAUGUCACUUUAUGACAUGGCGGACUACGGUAGAACCCUUCAAGCCAAGUCUUUAACUAGUAACAGGAGCAGUCGCAUGUGUUACUACAAGGCGUUGCGUUACCCUCCUGAUCACCCAAAAGAGUACCAACCAUCGGAUUAUUUCUAUUAUGAAGCUGGGAUGAGACUCUUGUGUGUGAUAGUUUUUGAGCAUGUUGUUAUGAUUACAAACGGUGUCCUGGCGUAUUUCAUACCAUCGGUGCCGCAAAACGUGAAAGAAAUGUUACACCAUGAAAGGACCCAAAAAUUCGAGCUUCAAAUGAAAAUGAAAAGUGACGUGAGGAGGAGGAAAUGGCGAAAAGUCGAAAAGAAUAAAGGUGUUGAGAAAAACGCAACAGCAGUCUAAAAAAUAUUUAUUAUUUAUUUGUAUAAAUUUUUUAUAAUACAGCAGAUGAACUAGA